AUAGAUCAGAACAUAACUUAUAAAUACAUUCAUUACAUACACGGCUGAAACCAAUUUAAAAACCACAAAAAAUUGCCGAAAUGUGACUAUGUUGAAUUUUUGAAAAAUUAAUUAUUUCAUUUAAUUCAAACAGUGACAAGCAAAUUGUUGGAACUUAAUGAGCCACAUCUAAUUUAUACGUACGUGUAAUAGUGUUCUCACAAACAAUGAAAAUUUAUCUCAUAACGAUAUUGAUAAGAUAGUGAAUUAAUCAGUAAAUUUGCACUUUUCAAUAAAUUCUCACGGUCAAUUAACCGUUCGAUCGACCAUAAGUGCAUUACAAUUAAUUUAGAAUGACUGUUGAGUCUCCAAUAUUUACGAGAAAAUUGAAAAUCCUACCGAAAGUUUCCACCGAAAGUGAAUCGAAAGCAUGGACAACAAAUGAAAAAAUUAAUGGAGAAAAUUCAUGUGAAACCAUAUCGAAUGCAUCUGGUUAUUAUGAAUUGGAAACAUUUCUACCAACAGUAGCGAAGACGGGCAAAUCGGACGGAGUCAGUCACAGUGUAGUCAAAACAUCCGUUAAUGAUGUAAAGGUGCGUCAGUUAUACACUGAUGGAUUUGGCGGAAUAAAUGUUUACAAAAAAUUUAAUGAUUUAGCUGUAAACAAAAAGCGCAAAUCGUUUCGUCUAAAAGAUUGCUGUCCUUGGACAACGCCAUGGAUAUUACUAACAAAUAGCAUGGUUCAGAUAAUCGUUUUCUUCUUCGGCAGUGACGAAGUGUUCGAAAAACUGGUUUAUUCUCCGACUCGAAGGAAGGAGAUUUGGCGCUACUUUUCCUACAACCUACUUCACUCGGAUUCUGUCCACCUAUUCAUUAAUGUAUUCAUUCAACUUCUUGUCGCAUUUCCACUAGAAACGGAACAAGGCCACUUGAAAGUGUUUGUGGUAUAUUUCAUUGGUGUCAUAUCGGGCGGCAUUGGGGCGAGUAUAUUUCAACCAAAUCUGUUGAUGGUGGGCGCCUCAGCUGGAGUGUACAGUUUACUCAUUAGUCAUAUAGCACACAUAUCUUUGAAUUUCGAUGAACUCAGUUAUCGAUACUUUCGAAUUGCCUCAGUCAUUGUUCUGUGCGUAAGUGAUAUAAUUUUCGUGAUCAACCACUGUUUGACAAGGGGAAAUUUAGAACCGAAAAUAAGUGUGGCGGCACAUGCCUGUGGAGCCGUAUCCGGACUAUUAAUCGGAUUCAUCAUUUAUUCGGGAUCAACACAACGGCUAUUUCGCAUUAUACGCUAUGUGUCAAUGGUACUCUUAAGUGUCAUCUUUGUGCUUCCGGUCAUUCCAGUGAUGAGUGGUGACUCUCCAGAUGUGUUCAAGGGAUUGUAAAGUUUCGAUUGGAAAUUUUAUUUCUAUUUUAGCUUAUCUGUGAUGUAACAAAACUAAAUUAUUUUUUUAUUUCUUAAAAAAAAAUUAUAAAUUUUCUUAUUUAAUUCGUUUUUAAAGCUAUUUGUUGUCGCCGUCCUAGGCUUAGGUCUAUUAAUCAAUUGUUUUAUGUUUCUUAAUUUAAUUUCAUUUUUAAAAUGAUUUCUCUUUAAUCUUAAAAUUCUAUUUUAAUGGAAGUCGAAUUCGAAAAUAAUCCAACAUGUAUGACUUCAUUCCGGGGUGACUUUACCUUUUCGUUUUUUUUUUAUCCGGGUAAGCAACUGUGUUAUAUUUAAAAAAAAGGUACUCAUCAUGCGAUUCGCACCCGGUUGCAAAUAGUCGCAGUAUUAUUAUAAAUACUUUUCGCACCCAGCCAGUCGCUAUUACUAUAUUGUGGAAUCGUGAACAGUAAAAUUUAAUGUUACCGUAUUUGUUCGAUUGAUAAUAAGGGAUGUGACACCCCUCUAACUAAAAUUAAAAUUUGUAAGGUGGACGAGUUAUGAGUCAUUUACAUGCUACAUGAUUCGAAAACUGUACUUUUCAUGUUUCAAGCACUUAUUUCGACGCCCUUAGCAUGUAAUAUAUAUUACACACUUGUCACGAAGAAGUCGAGGCUUGCCGAAUUUUAACAUCCGAACACAGCGCGUGUGUGAUAAAAUUUCGUUUUCGUGUGUUUAUUGACCUCGGCUUCGCCUUGGAUCAA